AUGCGGCGGAGCCCCCGCCCAGGCUCGGCCGCGUCCCCGCACAAGCACGCGUCCAACUUCUACAGUGACAACAGCAACAGCUCAGUGAGCACUACCUCGGGGGACACCAGCGGCCACCGGUCAGGUGGGCCGGGGCCCGGGGAGCCCGAGGGCAGAAGAGCCGAGGGCUCGAGCUACAGUGAGCCCGUCUUGAGCUCAGGAGUGCCCGGAGGAACCGCAUGGGAUGGAAGCUCUCGGCAGAAACCGGCGCAGCGGAGCCACAAAGUGCCGACCACCGGUGGCGCGGCUACCGUGAGGGGCGGGGCCUCGGGCCUAUUUUUCCAGGUGCUGAGCGUGUUUUUAUCCCUGCUAGGAGACAUGCUGGUCAGUGUGUACAGAGAGGUCUGUUCCAUCCGCUUCCUGCUCACGGCUGUGUCCUUGCUGAGCCUCUUUCUGACAGCACUCUGGUGGGGUCUCCUGUACCUGGUCCCUCCUUUGGAGAACGAACCUGAGAUGCUGACCCUAAGCGAGUACCACGAGCGCGUGCGCACCCAGGGGCAGCAGCUGCAGCAGCUCCAGGCUGAGCUGGAUAAACUCCACAAGGAGAUGUCCAGCGUUCGCGCAGCCAACAGCGAGAGGGUGGCCAAGCUCGUAUUCCAGAGGUUGAAUGAGGACUUUGUGCGAAAACCCGACUACGCGCUGAGCUCUGUGGGAGCCUCCAUUGAUCUAGAGAAGACAUCCCGUGACUACGAGGACGCGAACACUGCCUACUUCUGGAAUCGCUUCAGCUUCUGGAACUACGCGCGGCCACCCACGGUUAUCCUGGAGCCAGAUGUGUUCCCUGGGAAUUGCUGGGCUUUUGAGGGCGACCAGGGCCAGGUGGUGAUCCGGCUGCCAGGUCGAGUGCAGCUGAGUGACAUCACCCUGCAGCAUCCACCUCCCAGCGUGGCGCACACCGACGGAGCCAACAGCGCGCCCCGUGAUUUCUCAGUCUAUGGCCUCCAGGUUGAUGACGAAACUGAAGUUUUCUUGGGAAAAUUCACCUUCGACGUGGAGAAAUCUGAGAUUCAGACUUUCCACCUACAGAAUGACCCCCCAGCUGCCUUUCCCAAGGUGAAGAUCCAGAUUCUAAGCAACUGGGGCCACCCCCAUUAUACGUGCUUGUAUCGAGUCCGGGCCCAUGGCAUCAGAAUCUCAGAGGAAGCAGGGGACAGUGGCACAGGGGAGCCCAAUUAAACAUGCUGAUUGUUA